UCACGUUUAACCUCAUCAAAUUUGAUCGAUCGGGAUUCGAUACCAUCCUGAAAAUCGAGGCGUCGGCUCUGCUACUGGCGGGAUUCUGAUGAGAGAACAGAUAGAACGGUAGAUACGGAAAAGAGAGGUGUGGGGAAUCGGUUGCGGACAUGGCUAACGCGACCUCCUCCUCCAUUACCGCCGUCGAUGAAAAUAGUUUGUUUGUCGACUUAUUGCAUGAAGCACCCUUAUCAAGUCAUCGACAUCCUAGAAGUAUUUUUGGCAGUAUUUUGUACUGCAUACUAUUGGCAGGUUGUGUGGUUGUGGCAGCUGCAGCACCAUGGAUAUUCUUUCUCAUGCCAAAACUGAUACCAGCAAUGCUUUGCAGUUGCAAUAUCAUCUUACUAGUAAUUACAGGAGCAUUUCAGCAGUAUCUUGUCUAUCAGGUCAAAAAAGUAAGGUUGCAGGGUUAUUACAUGUUUAGCGAAAAGCUGAAACACAUUGCUCGACUUCCAUUUGCCACCACUGCAUAUGGAACCGCCUUGAUGCUACUUAUCCUUGUUUGGCAACCACAUCUGCAAAUCUUAUCUGUGCCAACAUUAUUAAGGAUAGUGAUGUUCGCCGAAGUCAUCAGUGCUGGCUGCUUUAUGAGCGUGUAUAUAGGUUGUAUACAUCAAUACAAUUCCUUGAAUGGUCAACCUGACAUUUUGAAGUCACUUUACUCUGCUUUGCAACCGUCAAGUUCACUGGAAGAUCUCAGGUAUCAUGAUGGUGGGCGCCUUUCUGAUCAGCAGAUGGCUCUGUUGCAGUAUCAACGUGAAAACCUGCAUUAUUUGAAUGAGGAGGUACUUCGUUUACAAGAGCUGUUGAGCAAAUACCAACGAGCUGAUGAUGGGAAUACUCCUCAGGUUGACCUUGCUCAUCUCUUGGCUGCUCGUGACCAAGAAAUUCGGGCUUUAUCUGCUGAGAUGAAUCACGUGCACUCGGAGCUACGCCUUGCCCGCAACUUAAUUGCAGAGAGAGACAAUGAAAUACAGCAAAUUCGUGUAACCAAUAAUAAAUAUGUCGAAGAGAACGAAAGACUGAGAGCUAUAUUAGGUGAAUGGAGUUCUCGAGCAGCAAAGCUUGAGAGAGCACUGGAGGCGGAAAGGGUUUCAACUAUGGAGCUGCAGAAGAGAAUUUCAGAUCAGAGAUGCCACUCAUCUUCUCAAGUAGGUAACGUGGGUUGAAUCUUUUCUAUUCAGUUUUCUAUAACAUAUCAAGAUGUAUAGGUUUUGUUUUAGGGGUAUUUGCAGGUUUGCAUUUGUGUCCAUACUUGAAUAUGUUCAUUGAUUAGUUUUUGUAAAUUGAUUUGUAGUAGCUCUUUUGUGGAGGAUAUUAUGCUUCGAACGUUUUGCUUCUUUCAAU